UAAAACAAAAUAACGCAGUGCGCAGAUCCAUUAGAUUUGUUGCUAUCAAUCAGCUGUGACGUAUAUAAAGACCUUUCUUUGUGUUUUCGUUAAAGAAAAGCUAAAUUUUCCAUUAAAAAUUUAAACAAUUUAUAAUAUGAUGUGCCGAUGUGCAGUAAGAAAUUGUAAUAAUAACAAUAAGACAAAACCGUGCACAAUAAGUUUCUUUAGCUUUCCAUCGGAUCCUAAAUUAUUAAAGCAAUGGAGAAGUUUUUGUGGACGCGGCAAAGAAUUAAAUCCAAGGACCUCACAAAUCUGCAUGGAACAUUUCAAACCGGAAGAUUUUGAAAAUGAAUUACAAUUUAAAUUGGGCUUUACCAAAAGGCGCAUUUUGAAGAGCGGUGUAGUGCCUAGCGUACGGAAAUUAUCGACGGAGGAAAAAGAACGUGAUAAGCGCAGACAAAAGCGUGAAAACAAAAAAAUUGUAGAAAUGCUUAUUAAGGAACAUGAUGAGAAAUCCGUUGCGCUUAAAGCAGAUGUAAUAAAUAAACCAUCAGAACAGGCAAGGAAAACUGAAAUUGUAAUGAAACCUGAAUUGAAUCCAGUAUCUGAUCUUCCUUCCCAACCUCAGAAGGUAUUCUCUUUGAAUAAUAAUUAUGAUAUGGAUUCCUAUAAAAUUGAAAUAGAACGACUGCGUAAAGAAAACUAUAUCCUAAAUGAAAACUCAAAAAAGCAGGCGGCUGAAAUAAAAGCUUUAAUGAAGAAAAAUGAGAAAGAGCACGAAAAUUAUGAACAUAACCUAAAAAGUUUAGAAACGAAAUUAACGAAGACUAACUAUGAAUUAAAGAAUUUGGAAGAAAAGCUUUUAGGUAUUUUUACUAAACGUCAAAUUGAAAAAUUGAAAGUAGGUGACAAGCGCAUAGUUUGGUCCGAAGAGGAUCUAUCCCAAGGUCUUGUGUUAUAUGAAACGAGUCCUAAACUUUAUAAACUGCUGUAUAGCAAACAUUUUCCUUUGCCUUCCGUACGCACUGUACAAGUAUGGCGUAAAAAAUGUCAAGAUAUUGAAAAGGAAAUAAAUCACUUUAUAGAAAAUGAUGUCGAGGACCAUCUAGAGAAUGAAAUAAAAGAAAAUCUAGAGAAACAAAUAGAACUAGAUUUAGAACAACAAAUUAAAAUGGAAAUUGAAAUUGAUGAAAUAAAUUAGUUUUUUGUUGACAAAAUAACACAUUUACAUGAAUAUUUUACCAAAUAAAAUUAUUUUAGUUUUUUUGUAAUC